AUGAAGAAAAGCAUAUUGAAGGGAUCACCAACCAAGAUUAUUCGUAGUGAAGCUGAAACUCCAGAUCACAAUGAGGGUAACGAGUCUAACAAAAGUAACAUACUACAGUCUCAAAUCACUCAACGAGUUUCGUUUUUGCCUGAUGUAACAUUGCAUAGCUUUGACAUUUCACCCACUAAAAAUAUGGCUACAUCAACUCAAAAACCAGCCUACGAGAAUGACGGGAAUGCUUCUAUGGAUUUGACUGAACCCAUUUCAUUAGAAGUCCAAGCUGGAGCUAGUACUACUGAACCAAAAGAAGAGACAAUGGAGUUUACAGCCCCACAAAACAUAAAUAAUGUGGAGAAUACCCUGACAGCUCAAUUACACUCUGAGCGGACCCGAAAAUCUCAGAGUGAAUUAGAUCUAUCGACAGAUAUUAUUUCCCAAGCAAUGGAAAUGACUCAAGUUUUACCAAAUGAAACUAAUAAUCUCAGGAAAGCCAACAAUGAUGCCAAUGAUGCAGAAAAUGAAGAUGGCAUGGAGUUUACACAAAUUGUUCCAAAUAUUCAUGAAUAUUCUGUUAAAAGAAGAAGACUAAAUGAUGAUACAAUUGAGAAGUUAGUUUCACCGGCCACUCCACCUGAUAACACUUCAGAACAACAAAUAUAUGGAUCUGACAGCGAAAUAAUUGAAAAGAUGUCACCUAUUAAAAUUAUAUAUGCAACAGAACAGCGACCGGCAAGUGUACCCAAACAGUUAUUUGAUGAUAAGGAGCCGAAUUUACAGUCACCGCAUAAGUCUGAAAAUCAUGAAAAUGAAAAGACUAUAACUCACAGUUUUUCAUUGAAAAAUUUUUUAAGUGAUAUUGAUUACCGAUUGCUAGAGAAUAUUAAAGAUAUCUUUAAACAGAAAAAUACUGCUAUCACCCUCAAUACACUAGAUUACUCAAUUCAGCAAAACUUAAGAUUAGGUCAAGUAAAUUCUGUGUACCACAUUGAUGUUCCUACCUGGGAAAUUAAGACUUUCAUAAUAAAUGAAUUACGUGCAAGGAUAAAUCAAUCAAAGUCAAUGGAUGUAUUAGAGAAUGAUAUAUCAAAAACAUUAAACAUAAAUUCGAUUGCAUUAAAGUAUACAUCACAAUCUGAGGCAGGUAUUGACACAUCUUUAAAAACUAUACUUGCGGUAAAGGAAUUUUCUGAGAUGGAAACGCAAAGAGAUUGGUAUGAAUGGAGGCUAAAGCAACUUGAUGGAUUCAGAGAAGUUCUAACAGAUAAUCUCGAAAUCCUGAAUGAGGAAUAUACAAAUGUAAAACUUGAGUUACAAAAGGUGAAGGAACUCAAGUUAAAAAUAUCUGAUCUUAAGGAUACACUUCAAAGAGAAAUAAGAAUUCUAACUGAGGUGUCAUAUGAAAAACAGAAAAAUGGCCCCUCUUUGGAUGAUAAGAUCAAAUUUGCAAAAAUAAAGAAGACACUACUGCAUCAUCAAAUUGAGGUAAACAAACAUGAUGAAAUACAACGCAAAAGGCAACAACUUGAGGAUGACAUUAAUUCAAAGACCAAACAACUAAUAGAAAUUAAUCAGAGUAUCAGUAAGGUUACUUCCAAAAGAAAAACCAUAAACCCAAUGGACAUCAAAAAAGAACGCACCUUACUAGCAAAUUUCAAUCUAUUACAAGCACUAUCUAAUAUUGGAUGUAUUAGAAAUUCAAAUGAUAUAAUAGUCCUAGAAUUUAAACUGUUAGGAGGAAUGAAGAUUCUAAUUGAUAAUAGCAUAAUAUCUGCUAAUGAACCCAGUGGCAUAACAUUAUCUCCUGAAUUUCAAAGGGAGCCUCUAUUUCGAUAUUUGUUUGAAGAAAUCAUGAAAGAAAUCCAAGUAAAAGUCAAGCAGAACAAAAAAGGAAACCUUUUUGAAAUGCUGAUAUCUAAAGUUAUCGACUAUAUCCCAAUAUACAAUUCCUUUCACCUAUUCUCAUUAAUUUUUAAUGUCAAAUACGAGAUGGAAAAUGAGGUUUCGAAAAACUUAAAAAUUUCAGAUAUAGACUACUAUAGCAAUGCUAAUAUCUCCUACACAAUUCCAAUAAAUGAUAUAUUAAAAUGUUGUAGGAACAAUAACUCAAUUCUGUCUAUAAAAGUUAGAUCGGAAUCGAAAAUAUCUCACGACAGAGUUAUUAAACGUAUCACAGAGAAGGGGAGCAGGAUCUUCCCUUGGCUAAACAAUACAAACAUAAACCUAGAAAUUUUAUAA